ACCCCCACCCACCACCUAGAGAAAACACUAUAUUUUCUCCCUCUGAUGUAUCAGCAAGCCAAAUGGUGAUAUCUCUGAAUUUGAAGCAGCUGAUUACAAGAUUUUAGAGACCAAGUAGCAGGCCUGUUCUUGCAUCAAGAAACUCUUUGUAGUAAUGUUUGUCUAAGGCUAAUAGCAAGUGAGGAAUACAUGGAAAAGGUGUCAUAUUCCAUUGAUUUGAAUGAAGAAGCUAAUAACAAAAGGGAAACUGAUGAAACCAUUGAACUUAGUGAUGACAUGAUAGAGAAAACAGCAGAAGGAAACAGUAGCUCUGAGGAUAUUGGAAAUUAUGAAAAUAAGAGCAGCAGAGUUAGGCAAUAUGUUCGAUCAAAAUUGCCAAGGCUUCGUUGGACUCCUGACCUUCAUCUCUCUUUUGUUCGUGCCAUUGAAAGACUAGGUGGUCAAGAAAAUGAUGAAUGUGAGAGGACUCAGCAUUGCCCAUGUAAAAAGUCAUCUGCAGAUGUAUCGAAGCAAGAAACUUGGAGAGUUUGGACAAGUACUAGGCCAUGCUCAUAGACCAAUGCAAGGAAAAAGUUAUUUCUGUGGAAAUUUAAGCCAAAGAUUUAACCCUCUUCAAGACUUCAAAAUGAAGAAUGGUGCAAUUGUGUUAGCAAGGAAUUUUAAUAAUGAUGAUAACGUUAACCACCAUUUCCAAAAUUCACUUUCCAGACAUCGACAUGAGACAAAGGAAAAAUUUUCCAGAUAUUUGGAAUGGUCUUCCAAUCAAGGAACCAACAAUUUGUUCAGAAUGAAAAUCUUGCAGACUGGAAACCAUGAAAUCGGUCCUGUUAGACAAAGCCAUUUUCUUGAAGAAAAACGGUGGCCUCCAAUUAGUGAAUUUAAGGAAAAUCAAUAUGGGAAGGGAAAGAGGGUUUCUUUGUCAAAUAUUUCCUCCAAUAAGAAUUCUCAAUCUUUGUUUCAACAAAAUAAUUUUGUACAACAACCCAAGUGGAGGUGCAGAUACAAUAGCCUUGAGCCAAAGUUUGAGACUCCUUUCAGACUUGAGGUAAAUCUUUUCAGAUUUAGUUUGAGUUUUACUUCUAUAUGUAACCGAGUUUUUAUACUAGUAGGCCACUUGAAAGAUAAAACAAGUAACUAGCAGUAAUAAGUAGAACAAGUUACCUGGAAAAAUAAUACAUAAAUUCAGGUAUAACAUGUUAAAUUACUCAUAGUAUGUAGGGCAGCCCGGUGCAUAAUGUAUGCCGCAUUCACGUAGGGCCCGGGGAACUGCCGCACCUUAAGAGUGUGAUGUAGACACCCUACCAUCUGUUUUAAAAGGAAGAAUUGGGACUCGCACCAGGGCGGAGAACUCGUAAAACGCCCCUGGGAUUAUGGGUGGGGCUUAGUUCCGUGAGAUUUACGCCUCAGUCGUCGGGGCUUACGCCCCGGACAUGCC